ACCCGCUGAUUUACAAACGCAAGUUUUUCCCGCCAAAUUCGGGGUAGGCUCGGACGGCAUCGCGUAACGCCAUUGGCUUUGCACUACGACACUUAAAUCUCCGCCUCGGGAAAGAACAGAAAUCCUUCAUUCUUCUCCUUCCGCUGCAACGAUAUCUGUCAAAUUAACUCCGGUUUGCAAAUCCAGAUGCCUCUGGCCUCCGAGCUCCUCCUCUUUUCUCGUAAAUGAGGUCUUGAUACUAAUAGGUUUUUAGGUGUUAAGAGGAGCGAUGGCGAUUCUUUAUGGAAUGGUGGCCAGAGGACAUGUUGUUUUGGCGGAGUUUAGCUUUACACAGACGAAUGCGAGCGUCAUUGCGAGGCAGAUUAUGGAGAAAAUGAAGCAGGGAGACGAUGAUAGCAAUGCGUCAUUUUCUCACGAUCGCUACAUCUUUCACGUCAAGAGGACCGAUGGCCUUACCGUUCUUUGCAUGGCCGACGAAGCCUCCGGAAGGAGAAUUCCUUUUGCAUUUCUUGAAGAUAUUCAUCAUAGAUUUGUAAAGACCUACGCUCGUACAAUUCUUUCAGCUCCUGCAUAUGCAAUGAACGAUGAAUUUUCAAGGAUUCUUAGCCAACAGAUGGACCAUUUUUCAAAUGAUCCAAAUGCAGAUAGGCUAAACCGCUUAAAAGGUGAAAUGAGUCAGGUGAGGGGUGUAAUGAUGGAUAAUAUUGAGAAAGUGUUGGAGAGAGGUGACCGCUUGGCUUUGCUGGUGGAUAAAACUACAAAUAUUCAAGGAAAUGCUGUUCGAUUUAGAAGACAAUCACGUCGCUACAGAAAUACCUUGUGGUGGAGAAACCUUAAACUCACAUGUUCGUUGUUGCUCAUUUUCACGAUCGUCCUGUAUAUUGUGCUAGCAUUUUUCUGCGAAGGACCUCUACUGCCGUCCUGCUUCAAUUAAACGAUGCAGAAAACGCAGCUAAGUGACCUAUUUAUCACUUGUUCAAGAACAUGUGCCUUACGGUGUCGUAGUCGUACACUGAAAUAUAUACAGUUCAAAUCUUGUUCAGCAAAAUUUACUGUACAGAUUAGAGUCAAUUCGAUCCACUUUCAUCCAA